GGAGACCCCGGCGGGGGCCGAGUUCUGUCCCCUCCCCCGGCGCGCCCGCCCCGCCGCAGCCGCACUCCCGGGCUCUAUAUAGGGCGCGCGCUCGCCGGCCGCCGAGUUCCAGCAGUCCGCGAGCUGCCGUCGGCUCCGCGGGGGGGGCGGGCCGGGCACCCCGGGGCGCGGAGGAGCGCUCCUCGCUUCUCUCCUUCCCCCCUGCCGCACUCCGCCGGACCCUCCCGCCGGCCCGCGCCGCUGCACUCGCCCUCUCCUCUCGCCCCCCGGCAAACUUUCGGCCCCUCCCCGCCCCUCGCCCGUUAUUCGUCGUGGCUCAAGCCCGGCCACGCCGCCCCAAGGGCUCCUCCCGACCUCCCGGCCUGCGGCUCCGGCCACUGCGGGAUCCAGAAACAUGUCGACCACACUUCUGUCCGCCUUCUACGAUGUCGACUUCUUGUGCAAGACGGAGAAAUCCCUGGCCAACCUCAACCUAAACAACAUGCUGGACAAGAAGGCGGUGGGGACGCCUGUGGCCGCCGCCCCCAGCUCGGGCUUCGCGCCGGGCUUCCUCCGACGGCACUCGGCCAGCAACCUGCAUGCACUCGCCCACCCCGCGCCCAGCCCCGGCAGCUGCUCGCCCAAGUUCCCGGGCGCCGCUAACGGCAGCAGCUGCGGCAGCGCGGUGGCCGGCGGCCCGACCUCCUACGGCACCCUUAAGGAGCCGUCGGGGGGCGGCGGCACAGCCCUGCUCAACAAGGAGAACAAAUUCCGGGACCGCUCGUUUAGCGAGAACGGCGAUCGCAGCCAGCACCUCCUGCACCUGCAGCAGCAGCAGAAGGGGGGCGGCGGCUCCCAGAUCAACUCCACGCGCUACAAGACCGAGCUGUGCCGGCCCUUCGAGGAGAGCGGCACGUGCAAGUACGGCGAAAAGUGCCAGUUCGCGCAUGGCUUCCACGAGCUGCGCAGCCUGACUCGCCAUCCGAAGUACAAGACCGAGCUGUGCCGCACCUUUCACACCAUCGGUUUCUGCCCCUACGGGCCGCGCUGCCACUUCAUCCACAACGCGGACGAGCGGCGGCCCGCGCCGUCGGGGGGCGCCUCCGGGGACCUGCGUGCCUUUGGCACGCGCGAUGCGUUGCACCUGGGCUUCCCGCGGGAGCCGCGGCCCAAGCUGCACCACAGCCUCAGCUUCUCGGGCUUCCCGUCGGGCCACCAUCAGCCCCCGGGCGGCCUCGAGUCGCCGCUGCUGCUCGACAGCCCCACGUCGCGCACGCCGCCGCCGCCCUCCUGCUCCUCGGCCUCGUCCUGCUCCUCCUCCGCCUCCUCCUGUUCCUCGGCCUCCGCGGCCUCCACGCCCUCGGGCGCCCCGACAUGCUGCGCCUCCGCGGCGGCCGCGGCUGCGGCCGCUCUGCUGUACGGCACCGGGGGCGCCGAGGACCUGCUGGCGCCGGGGGCCCCGUGCGCGGCCUGCUCGUCGGCCUCGUGCGCCAACAACGCCUUCGCCUUCGGCCCGGAGCUCAGCAGCCUCAUCACGCCGCUCGCCAUCCAGACCCACAACUUUGCCGCCGUGGCCGCCGCCGCCUACUACCGCAGUCAGCAGCAGCAGCAGCAGGGCCUGGCGCCCCCCGCGCAGCCCCCGGCGCCGCCCAGCGCGACCCUCCCCGCCGGGGCCGCCGCACCUCCCUCGCCGCCCUUCAGCUUCCAGCUGCCGCGCCGCCUGUCCGACUCGCCCGUGUUCGACGCGCCCCCCAGCCCCCCGGACUCGCUGUCCGACCGCGACAGCUACCUAAGCGGCUCCCUGAGCUCCGGCAGCCUCAGCGGCUCCGAGUCUCCCAGCCUCGACCCUGGCCGCCGCCUGCCAAUCUUCAGCCGCCUCUCCAUCUCCGACGACUGAGGCAAGAGGGCGCCAGUGAGGAGGAAGGGAAGGCGGUUCAGAGAUGUUGGAGGACACCCCUCGCCUUCUCGCCCUUGCUGGGGGCACGGGAGUCGGGGGGUGACAUGGGCCCUAGGCAGACUGCAAGCCCGACCGAGCACUUGGACUCGAACUCUGUGCCGGGAGGGGCCCCCACCCCUCCUUUUUCGGUUUCCUCUUGUCUUUUUUUUUUUUUUAUUUUUAUUACGAAGUUUCAUUCUUUUUGAGCAAAAAAGUCGAGGAACUUUUUCUGUUGAACAAAAUAUUCACAACAGGGCAGUUGUGAUACGAAUAGAACAAAAAAAAAAAAAACACUUAAACUUUUUUAGGACUCCGAUGAGUUUGGGACUUCAGGAAAAAUCAACCCAGCACCAGCAGCUACCAACCACCAUUCCAUCUCUUCACUUGAACAGCAUUAGUUAAGUCCAGAUGUGGGAACCCUUCUCUUGGAAGAAGUUCCUAAUGGUGUCUCAGACCGGUGUAAACAAACCAGCCAGCCGCCACCUUGCUAAACCUAUAAGCUUUUUAAAAUCCAAUAUUCUGCCAAGAAUAUGCCUUGAUAGUUAGCCCUCAGCCCAUAGGUGUUUUUUGUUUUUUAACAAUUAUAUAUGUCUGGGGGUGAAAAAACCCUUGCAUUCCAAAGGUCCAUACUGGUUACUGGUUUCAUUGCCACCACUUAGUGGAUGUUUAGUUUAGAACCAUUUUGUCUGCUCCCUCUGGAAGCCUUGCGCAGAGCUUACUUUGUAAUUGUUGGAGAAUAACUGCUGAAUUUUUAGCUGUUUUGAGUUGAUUCGCACCACUGCACCACAACUCAAUAUGAAAACUAUUUAACUUAUUUAUUAUCUUGUGAAAAGUAUACAAUGAAAAUUUUGUUCAUACUGUAUUUAUCAAGUAUGAUGAAAAGCAAUAGAUAUAUAUUCUUUUAUUAUGUUAAAUUAUGAUUGCCAUUAUUAAUCGGCAAAAUGUGGAGUGUAUGUUCUUUUCACAGUAAUAUAUGCCUUUUGUAACUUCACUUGGUUAUUUUAUUGUAAAUGAGUACAAAAUUCUUAAUUUAAGAGAUUGUAUGUAAUAUUUAUUUCAUUAAUUUCUUUCCUUGUUUACGUAAAUUUUGAAAGAUUGCAUGAUUUCUUGACAGAAAUCUAUCUUGAUGCUGUGGAAGUAGUUUGAGGAACAUCUUAUGAGUUUUCUUAGAAUGUAUAAAGGUUGUAGCCCAUCCAACUUUAAAGAAAGAAAUGACCACAUACUUUGCAAUCAGGCUGAAAUGUGGCAUGCUUUUCUAAUUCCAACUUUAUAAACUAGCAAAAAAGUGUUUGCUUAUUCCACCAGUUCUACUGUGACAUACUCGAGUAUAAAGACAUGUAGCAAUAACGGGGAGUGGGGGGGAGUCUCACAGUGCCUUUGGAAGGGCCCGAACUUGCCUUAAAUCUUCCUCAACCAAAUAAGUAUUUUAUUAGUGCUUGAGAGAAUCUGAAUGUAGGAUGGGUUCAACUGCACAAAAGGAAAAGAUUUUUACCACUUUUUUUAUAUAGAUAUAAAGUGAAGCAACCGCCUUAGUGCUGAAAUAUGUAGUACAUGAAUAUGCCUUGUUUAAUUACAGAAAAUUCCAAAACUUGUACUAUUUUUUUUUUCCCCAUGUAGAAAGGCAGGAAUGUCUCCUAAGCUUUCCUGGACAGCAGAUGAAUGAGCGGUAGCUUUAGUUUGUACGUAGGUACAGUUGGAGCACUAUAUGUACUCUCUGGACUACUUUGGACAGAAGUAGGUUUUUGAAUGUAACAAGAUAAGUCAACUUGAGUUGUAAUAUAUUUUGGGGAAUCAGCUCACUACAAAUUGUGACUGUAAACAUUGUACUGUAAAUGUUUUGUAGUUUUCCCCCAAUAAAAUUUUUGGGAAAAAAAGGUA